CACAGCAUCAUCAUUUCUGCCAAACUAUUUCGAACAUCGUACCACCAAUUGGGCUUCUUUGCACGAGACUCGCACAUCAUCGAAAUCUUUUCGUUCUAAAUUAAGAAGAGGGAAGGGAGACAACUGAGACUCAAUAUCAUCCUCAUUCAUUAUGGCAGUAAGUAUCGUUUGAAUCAGUUUUCAAUGCGUGUGUUGAAUGCAACAAAUAAGUGCCUGCGUGCUCGCGUGGUUGUUGUCGAAUGAAUCUCAAUUUGGUUGGUGUUGAGAGAAAGGGUGGUAGAUGGGGGCAUCCAGCGAAUAAAUGGAUGAAGCCUUCAAAAAGUGCGAAUCGAUCCCUAUUUGGCAUAUUCCGACGUUUGGCAAUGCCGACAUGUAGGGAAGCAUCUCCAAACACCAUACGUGCUUUCACGACGAUGAUGAUUCGACUUUUGUUGUGGCAUUGGUGGACAGAAAAGCACAACUACUAUCAUCUCCAAAAGACCUUAGAGCAUCCAUACCAUUCAAUAAGUCGAGUUACCAUUCGUCAAGGAUGGAGAAAAUGAACCUGAGCACCCAGAACAGAAGUGUCAAUGUCAUAACUUCUCGCCUUCGAUCUGCUGCCGUUUCCAAUGAAAUGUUUCUUGGUCCAAUAAGGAAACCCAAAAGACCUGUUGCAGCGAGAUCUAAUCCAGAUUUACUAAUCAAAUGUUUCGCAACUUAAAAACGCUUUUUCCCGAAAAACAGCUCUCUCAAAAUGAUCGAUCAAAUGAAUUGGAGAUACUAAAUUUGAUAGGCGAAGGGAGUUUUGGAGCUGUGUAUCGCGCCACACACAGGUCGACGGGGGCUGUGGUAGCUGUAAAAGUAAUCGUCAAUGCCAGUAGUUCCAAAAGUGAAGAGGAAAAAAUAAAAGGGGAGAUAGAGAUUCUCAGCCGAUGCGACUCUCCUUACAUUGUUGGCUACUUCGAAUGUUUCAUAAAACCAGCUACAUCGAAACCCGGCGAAAUGUGGAUCGUCAUGGAGUAUUGUGAAGGAGGUAGUAUGACCGAUAUAUUAGAGGCGAAUGCUGGUUACUCACUACCUGAAGACUGUAUUCGAGAGGUUUGCGCGUCUAUUGUCUUGGGCUUGGAGUACCUUCACGGUGUAGCAAAUGUUUGUCACAGAGAUAUCAAAUGCGGCAACGUUUUAUUGACCAGGUGAGUCCUAUCCCUUCCUCUAUUGGAGUAAACGCCACGAAGUGAACCCAUUCUCACAAUUGCCGAUGCUUACAGUGACGGACAUGUGAAGCUUGCUGAUUUCGGAGUUUCGGCCGAAUUGAGUAAUACAUUAAACAAACGAAAGACGGUUGUAGGAUCUCCUUAUUGGAUGGCUCCCGAGGUCAUUCGGGAGUCUCACUACGAUGGUAGGGCAGAUGUUUGGUCCCUUGGUAUAACAUGCAUCGAAAUGGCCGAGGGAGCACCACCCCAUGCUAACUUGCACCCACUGCGAGCUAUUUUUGUUAUUCCGACGAAGCCAGCACCCACUCUAGCCGAUCCAGACAAUUGGUCACCCGAUAUGUUGGAUUUUGUUAGAGCUUGCUGUCAGAAAGAUGCUAGCCAGCGACGUGAUUCUGCUUCGUUGGCAACUCAAGCAUUUAUCCGUAAAGAUGUGAUGGCACUUCGAGCAAUGCAUGCAGGGGAAGUACCAACGGUUGAUGCCGAUGCUAAGGCAAAAUACAGGAAGCUUGCCGAAUCCCAGAACUCAAAACCUGGGUUGCCUGCUCUUAGAAGAGUUAUGGAGCGGAUGAGGAAAAAACUGGAUCGUGUGAAGAAAAAACGAGGGGAAGAAACCGCUAAGAACACAGAAUCAAGGAACGAUACAGGGAGUGCAAUAUCUCGAAAUUCGAGUGCACCUCAAACUAACGGUCAAUUGGGACCUCUGGAUAUGAGUAACCAAGCGACCCUUGCAAUAUCGUCGAGGAAUGUCUCGGAAUAUAACACAGGAGAUUCGCCGCUCCCUAACGGUAGUGGACCAUCGCCUGCUGGAAUUUUUACUCCUGAUACUUUGAAUUAUGGCCUUUCGUCUGCUAUGGAUUUUGACCCGAAGUUACUCGAGGACAAUAAAUUUCGGAAGGAUAUUGAGAAACUCUCGCGAGUCUUUGAAACAAAGCUAGCUGCUUUGCGUACAGCGCACGAAUUCGCACAACACAAACUUGUUGCCGAAGCCCAAAUACGAAAUAAUAUUCCAAUUGAUGUGAUGGCCUUGAUGGAACAGGCGCACAGGGGAAAUGCCAAGGACGAUGAGAGCCGCAAAGCCCUAGACGACGCCAAAGACAUAGGGAUGAUAAAAGAAGUUGUUCAAAUGAAGAAUCAGAUGAAGUCCAAUCGGAACACAAGUUCGGAAAGGGUCUUGUUAAUGGAUCAAUCGAUAUGAAAAAUUCUAAAUAAUAAAUUGAAAGGAAAGCUUUCAAGACACGAAAUGAAUUGCCUGCAAAAAUCUUUGAGUACACCACUUUUCGUUUCGUUGAAAAGUACAUCUGGCAGCGAGUUAAAUUGCGUGAUUGGCAACUGUCAUCAGAUGGAUACAAUGAGAUAGAAAUGUUUUUUCGCCGUGAGGAACUAAGUACGGUGAGAAUAAGCAGUCGUCCCAGCAAUGAUUGAUUCUCACAAGUACAAAUUUAUGGAAAUAUGCUCUAGCGUGCGCUAAGAUGUUCCUUUGAUUUUACGAAGCUCUAUUGGAGCAAACUAUUCUGUUGGAAGAAUGAAUUGAUGAAAACAAUUAUGAUAAUAAUUAUUACAUUUCACC